GUGGAGCCAUUGGUGACCACUCUGACAAGUUAUUAAAGAUUUAUAACUAAAAACCUCAUCGUCAAGAUUUCAACAAUCCUUUUUCUUCACAACCUCAAAACCCACCACCGGUCCCCUGAUUAAUCCCCAUGGCAUCAUCUCCACCCCUGUCCAAAUGCUUCGCCUCUCCCAAGACCCGAGAAGAAGAAGAAAGCGACCGGGCGCUGUGCCAACAUUACAGGGAAAAAGUUUUGAGCCUCCCGUCUGUUGACGGCUGUGCCAUUCUCAAACUUCACGAAUACAACGGCUGGUUUGCUCCCAUGCCCAUGUUGCUCGGCGCGAUGGCAGCUCAAAAGCUGUUUCGGGCGAAACCCUCCGAUGUAAUCCUCGCUACCGCUCCUAAAUCAGGUACUACCUGGCUCAAAUCAAUCCUCUUCGCCGUGGUUCACCGCGACUCUCCACAUUAUGAGCCCGAGAAGUACCUAACAACCGUCGCCGUCCAUGAAUGCGUUCCUUUCUUAGAAAACCAUGUUUACGCGAACGGUCAGGUUCCCGAUCUGGACUUGCUCCCUUCGCCCAGGCUCUUCUCGACCCACAUCCCGAUCCAUCUGCUCCCGCACUCCGUCGCCCAGUCCGGAUGUAAACUCGUGUAUUUGUGUCGCGAACCGAAGGACGCCUUCAUCUCCUUGUGGCACUUCGCCAACGCGGGGCGUUCGAACAUUGGAGCAGAGGCUCUCCCCCUCGACCGCGCUCUCGACCUCUUCUGCAGCGGUGCAUCCGUUGCCGGUCCCUUCUGGGAUCACGUGCUCGGAUACUGGAACGCAAGCUUGGAAAGGCCCGGGCAGGUGCUGUUCUUGAGGUACGAGGACGUCAUGAAAGACCCUGCAGCUGAGCUGAAGAGGAUAGCAGACUUCGUAGGGCGCCCGUUCACUGGGGAGGAAGAAAAGGAUGGAGCAGCAGAGGGCAUCGUCGCGCUGUGUAAGUUCGAGAACCUGCGAAGUCUAGAGGUCAAGAAGAAGGGAGCUGCAUGGGCACCGGGCCUUGAAAACAGCCACCUGUUCAGGCGCGGAGCCGUUGGCGAUUCUGUGAACCAUCUCACGGCGGAGGCGGCUCGGCGUGUCGACAAGAUCACAGAGGAUAAGUUCAGGGACACGGGGUUGAGCUUCUGAAGGUGUGUGGGAGGUUCAGUUGUACUUCUUGAUCUUACCCCUCAUAACUGUCGGUUUGAAAUCCAAUUUUUACUGGUUUUUACUCACGUUCAUUUCAAAAUUAUCAUCGUC